GAUCAGCUUCACCAUACCUUGGCGUCUGGCCCAGGAUGGGACCCACAUGGUGGUCAGCAUCUGGAAGCAGCAGAACGUGGACUGGGCGGUGGUGGUGCUGCAGGGGGAGUGGUUGAACAUGACGGGCACUGUGUGCCAUGCCCUAGAGUCCUGGGGGCAUCAUAUUCCUGGUGUGAGUGCUGCAGUCAACCCCCUGGUGGGGAGCACCCUGGGGGCCGGUAAGCAGGUGGGGGACAAGAUCCUGGACGUGAAAAAAAUAGGAGCCUACAGUGUCAGUAAAAUGGCCCUGGUGGGACUCACCCAGACCCUGGCAGUGGAGAUGGCAUCAAAGAACAUCUGGGUGAACUUCCUGGUGCCAGGAAUCAUCAACACAGACUGCAGUCAAAAGCUCUUUGAGGACCCAACUCUGUGGAACUGUUUGGAAAGAUUCCAUGGAAUACAGAGAGUGGAGUGGCCUGAGGACUGUGCAGAACUGGUGUCCUUCCUGUGCUCUUCAGAUGCCAGCUACAUCACUGGCAAGAACAUCAUGGUGCCCAACUUCUCCCCCACCUCUGAGGGGUAUGAGCUCAGAGCUCAGGCUUGCCUCUUGAUGUGA